CCGGGGCCGGCGCGGGGCGUUGCUGUAAGGAAGAAGCCAGUACAGCGAUGGGGGUUUGUACAGGGGCGGCCGGGCGGGGCUAUGUACACGGGGAAUAGAAAAGGGGGAGCUCGUUGCUGGAGCGUCGGGGCGUCUGCAGACUAUAAAACAGGAGCCUGCAGAAGGCUGCGGCCGGCGCUGCGCCGGGUGUGGGGACACCAGGAGGGGAUGGUGGCAGAGCUCGGAGCAGCCCCUGCUGCAGGACGCCUGCACGGAGAUGGCCCCGAGCAGCACGGGCCUCUGGGAAGAGACGGAGAGAAAUCUGCUGGACAACAGGUCUGCAAGGCCUGGAAGGUUCAGGACACGCUGCUGCAGGUCCUGCCCAGCUGUGGGCUGUGCGCAGGAGGGACGCCGGGGGGACGCAGCGUCCCCAGCACGGCGCAGGACGGGGCGUGUGGGCAGCCAAGUGCAGCUCCUCCUGCUGCUUCCCCACCGCCAUCCUGCACCGGCCCAGCACUUCCAGCUGCCCUCGGCUCCCGGCUCUGCUGCAGCACGGCUGGAGGAGGCACGGCGGCAGGAGGGGAGCAAAGGGUGAGAAGUUGGGGGGCCGCGUGGCACGUCACAGCCCCUGCCCACCUUCCCCCGCACCGCCGAGGGAACAGAUGUUGCGUGGCACUGAGAAACAGCAGCAAUCAUGUCAGUUUAUGUGUCAUUUUCUACUUGGGUAAUGCGAGCAGUGAAGGAUUGCUGCUCGGAGAUGAGAUGAAAAUCAUGACAAAGUGCUGCAAGCCCAGCACUUUGGCGAGGGGGAGCGAGCAGCCAGCCCUGCCUCGUGCCCGCCCGGUGGAGUCUGCAGUGAGCACAGCGUGGGCUGCUGGGACAGGGGUGGGCACCCGGCUUGGCACUGCAGCCACGCUCUGUCUCCAGCACCCACCACGAAGGAUUGGAGGGAGCGAUUUCGAGAGCGGCCACAGCAGCUCCACAGCUCUGAGGGAGGGGGUGGCCGAGAUGCCGAGCCACCCCACCGCCCCAGGCAGUGGCACCCACGUGUCCCCAGCGCGACGCCGGGGCUGCCUGCACGCCACUCUCUCCCAACACCAUCGUCUCUGUGGAGUCCCUCCUCCACGCGGGUCUCCUUCCAGCGCUCGUCUCACUCUGUGUAAUCGCUUCCCGGUGCCAGGGAUCGCAUCUCAGCAGCGCUGCUUACACAGGGGCUGGAGCGAAUCCUGCUGAUGCUGUGCAAAGCCAAUUUCUAAGCUCGGCGCGGUGCAAA